AAGACCUGAAUGGUAAUAUUGGUCUUGAUCCCGGUGUUAUUUAGUUUCAGUUUGUUCUAGCGUACUGCUUUACAGUAUUUUCCUUCUUUUAAUUUUCCUAAGACAUUUAUCAUAUUGAAAUAACUGUCUGUAUAUCAUUUGGAAAGUGUUGAUGAUAUAUUAAGAAGUAUUUCCUCUCUAGGAUGUUUUUAUGACUGUUCGAUUGUUCAGAACUAAUGCGUAAACUCCUAGUUCUGUUUCUAUGAUAUGUUAUUUAACAUCUUAGAUCUGUGAAUUAAAGGGAAUCCGUUAGGGAGAGUAAUAUUUACAUAAAUUUAUUACAAAGAAUGAAAUUUUUUAAAACUAACUUUGGUGCAGCUAGUGACAAUAUGCUUGAUAAUUUGGAAGAUGAUGUUGACAUUUCGGAAGAACUUGCCGACACUUCUGACCUUCCGACAUCCCUAAUUAUUACAAAUGUCGAUAGCGAAAUAUUUACGGACGAGUAUCGAAAGAUCCAUUUAGAAGAAAUUUUUCAACAGUUUGAUGAAGAAGCAUCUUUUCAGUACUUUAAGAGUUUUCGAAGAGUACGUGUGAAUUUUACAAAUCCAACAGCAGCAGCUAAAGCUCGUAUUCAGUGUCAUCAGACUAAAAUUGGUGAUAGUGUAGUUAAUUGCUACUUUGCACAGCCUAUUACCUCUACUGGAAAUAAAGAUGGAGAGGCUUCAGAUGCAUAUCUUCAACCUCCGUCACCUGUUCGUCAGUUUCUAAUAUCCCCUCCUGCAUCACCUCCUGUUGGCUGGGAACCUGUUGAUGAAGCUCAGCCGUGUAUUAAUUAUGAUCUUCUUGCUGCUCUUGCCAAGCUUUCGCCAGGAGAAGCUCAUGAAUUGCAUCCACCAUCAGAAUCACAACCUGCUAUCGUAGUUCAUGUUUGUGAGGAUGCAAAAAUAGAUGCUCCUCGGCUAAAAAUAGCGCAGACAAGGCGUCCGGAUAGUGUCGACUCUUCAAGCAGCUCUUCUCCACCUUCAUCGCCUAUAUCAUAAAUGUCUUUGAAUGAUAUAUUCUGUAUCUUUUCAUUUAUUUUAAACAGAAGUGGAUGGUUUACAGUUUUGUGUGACAUAGUGCUAUGAAGAAAAUUGUCAUUGUUUUUCUUGUUCACAGUAUUAUAUCUCAGAAUGUACUGUAUUAAUCUGAAUUGGAAUUAUUACUUUUAGUUUAAAAUAUUCUAUGCAGUUUUACAGAUAUAAGCAGUCAGUGUUUGGUGUACUUAUAUGUAAAAGUUAAAUGUAAUUCUGUAUGACUAAUUAACGAAAAUUUUUAGUAGAUUAUUAAUUGAAAACGUGUUGGUAAGUUGUUGAAAAAAUUGCAUAUGUGGUUCCAAAGAAUGUGUAUAUUUUUAAAUACCUCUUUUUAAAAGUCUGAGUAUUUUGUUGUGCUUAAAAUUUGCAUUGUUAUUGAUUUCGUUUUUGUUGAAAUACUUGUGUAUCCUGCUCUAAAAAACUUCAUUUUUACUCUAGUUUUAACAUUAGACUUUUGUGUAACUUAUUUUGAUUAAAUUUUUUCAUGAGUCUCUAUCUGGGGUUUAUGAUAUUAACUAGUUGUUAUCUUCAAAUUAUUAUGGCACUUUAUAUAUUUCUGAACCAUAUUCUAUGAGGUGUAAUUUUAACAAGUGUUUAUUUUGCAACAUUGAGUCUUGUAUAUCAUUUUUUAUGAUGGCUGUGUUUUCAGAAAGUAUAUUAUUAUUUUGAUAAUCAUCUACAUUUUAUUAACAAAGGCAUCUAAGCAAAGUGUACAUUGGGAGGGGAAGUAAUUUAAAAUUAUUUUUUUACAUAUUUAUUGAAGAAUGCUCACUACAUUUCUGUGAAUGAUUUUGUUUUUUAAAUGUCACUUGCAGAAAGUAUGUAUUAUUUUUGGUUGCAAGCUUUAUAAACAUUUUUUGAAGGUUGAUUUAUAAGUAUUUUUUGUAGAACAUUAUAAGACUGUAAAUUGAGGCAAUCUUUUAAAUUUUCUCAAUGGUAAGAGGUAAAAUAUUUUUACUUGAAUAAAUAGUAGUACUGUGUAUGUGAAUUGAUAUAAGCGUAAGGAUAGUUAGUUAUUUCUAAAUUCUAAUCAAAUAUAAUGCUCUAUAUCGCAUAUUAUUAUUUGACAAUGGUUAUGGAAAGUGAUCUCUUAUGCAAUUGUUAAUUGUGGAAUUGCGGUAUGGCAUGAACUUUUCAGUUACUUGUGGAAUGUAUCUAAGACAGCUUGACUGUCUCUCUGGUAAAAUAUACCGACAACUCUCUUUAUUUGGUUGAAAGCUAGUUGAAUAAGAAAAAAUGUUAUAAUUCAACAUUCUUUCACUUAUCAUGGAUUUGUUUAAGAUCAGUUUUGAGAUAAAGAAGUACCUUUUAGUUAUAGAAAAUAAUUUUUAAAGUAAUCUGGCCAUUGUUGUUGGUUAACAGUUAAAGGGAGAAGUAUUUUUAUUAAUUUCAUUUUCUAUUAAUGGCUCAAAAAUUAGUUUGGAGAGAAAAUUGUAUCUUUCUAAAAACAAGCGGGCAGAUCUUUUAAGGUCACAAUUUCUGAAUUACCAGCUACAAUUCAGAGGCUUUUUCUGUAGCUCUUCUCUCACUUUUUUUUUUUAAAUGGGGGACCUAUGAAAAGAGUGGUUUGAUAUUACAUUUUAAAGAAAAUAUGUUUUGCUUAUUGUAUUAAGCAAAUGUCAUAAAUAUUCUUGCAGAUUAGUUUUUCUUUAUUGUAGAAGUGUAUUGAGAUAUUCACAUUUACACUGAGUGGAUCUUCAAAAGUGUAUUUGGCAGUCUUACGUAUUAGUUGUAGUUCUAGUCAAAUCAUGUUGCAUUGUAUAAGUUGGUUAAUUUUUUAUUCAUUGAUACUUCUGCAGCAUUUAAAAGAACCUAAAAUUUUAUGUUCAUAAUCAUUGAAUGGUAUGUUAGCUUUCAUGUAUCAUCUUGACUAUGAAAGAAAUUUUGUUGAUUUUACUGGAAAUUGUAUUUUUAUUAUUUAUUCUUUUUUUUUUUUUUUUUUUUUUAAUUUUAGAAUUUUGUUCGGUGCUGUAGUUCAGAAAGAGUUUCAAGUAAAUUGUUUUAAAAUGUGUAAAAAGCUGUUCACAGAAUAUUUAUUUCAGUUAGUUUUCAUUAGUUAAUAUUUAUUAGCACUGCAUUUUCAGUAAGCUAAUUAAUGGACUUUUUCUUGGGUCUUACAGGCAUGAUUAGUCUGGUUUUCAUUUCAUACAGGGUAAUAGUGUUAAAACGUUACACAGUGGUUCUAGAAUAUGAGCAAAAUUUUAUCAUGGUGCAAUCAUCAUCAAAGUAGAAUCAAUCAAGUAGGAUAGGGUACUGACCUUUCACUGUUAUUCUAGGAAAAAAAAAAUCUUUUGCCAUCAGGUGCUAAUGCAUUUAACAGCCUGUUGGCCAAACCACUUUGUAUUUAAUGGAGUCACUUAUUCUGAGGUGUCAGAAUGCAAUGUGUAAAUUGUAUAAAAUUUCAUUACUAAUAUUUUUAAUUUUUAUGGAGAUGUAAAUAUGUGUAAACAUUUUAAGGCUAUGAGUGCUUGAUAAGUAUUUUUAACAUGUGUGUAUUUAAAAUUGUGUUGUAUUACAAUUAGUAACAUGCAUUACUGACAAAUGUUGGGCAUAUUCAUUUUGUAUUUUUCUCUCAGGCAUGUAAAAUAUUUUAUUUUUGCCAGUAUAUGAAUUAUUGAAAAUGAAAUUAUCAUUACGGAUUUUAUAGCUAGUGAAUAUUGAAAUGAUUUUCAUCUGUUGAUGAAGUUAGGUCAGAUGGAUAGUUUGCUGUGAAAGAAAAAUUUUUUGUCUGUAAUUUUCUAUGUUUUAAUAUGUAAUUUGUUGCAUGUGUUACAUGGACAAGCUCGAGUGUAAUAUGUCAUUAUUAAAGCAUGUUUAUAUCAGUGAAAGUCAUUAUGCAUGCAUGAUGAAAAAUAAUAUUUUGUUAUCAAAUGGGUAGGUAAUCCUCCUUGAAUAAAAUAAUCGUUAGAGUAAAGAAGGAGGCUGAUUAUGAUAAUUAUGAGCUUUAGAAUAUUUGUGGCAUGCAGAAUUAUAAAAUUACUAAACCAUGCUUGAGAUCUUUCAAGGAAAACAAGUGAUUAAAAUCUAGUUACAGUGCAUUAAUUUUGUAUUUCAGAAAUAUUUGUAAAAAAUAAAGGUCAAGAACUAAUGAAAUGUUCAUCAUGCAACCAUAUUUUUUUAAAAUAAAAGUAAAGGUCAAGGAUUAAUGAAAUAUUCAUCAUACAACCAUUUUUUUUAACCCAUUAUAUUGUAAAGCUUAUCAGGUAUACAGAUAUAAAUAACUCUGUGUUAGAAUUGUACAUACAAGAAUUAAAAAGAGUUUUUGUUUCUAUUUAGGGAAAAGAUAAUAGUUCUGUUUCCCCUAGUAUUUAAGUUUAUUUCAAAUGAAAGAAUGACUUAUUUUGAUUGUUUGCUUAUCUCAACAGACUGAUUUAUUGUUUUGUUUGUCAGCAAAGUAAUUUAUGUCUCAUUUGUAAAAUGUAGAUAUAACUUUUGAAUCAAUCAAUUUAAAAUUAUAUCUCACAUUGUAAAUAAGAGAACUUACUCAGCUUUUGUAACCAAGUUCGUUUAUUAUAUUUUAAGUAUCAUUUUAGUGUUAUGCAAUCUUCCUGUGCCUUCCACAUUUCAAAUAUAUCAUUCAUCUUUCAUAUAAGAACUGCAGCCUAACAUUUAAUAAAAUCAACAACAGAGAAAUGUUCUUAUAAAGCAAAGCCUGUGACAUGAAUCAUUUGAAUUAGAAACAUAUUCUGAAUUUUUCGAUUUUAUUUUAAAUAAAAUCAGAAAUGUUUAUUGUUUAUAUUUUGUUGAGAUUACCUCUGAAAGUAGUCAUCACUUUCUAUAGUUAUAGGUAAUAUUGUAAGUUUAUUUUAACCAUUUAUUUAUUGACAUAAAAUAUAAAUUAGAACUAAUUUGCCUAUUAUUAGCUCAUUUUGAUGUACAUGAGUUACAGAGCAUUAUAUUCUACUUUAGCAGAUGCAUACCAGUCAGCAGUUUGCAGCACAAACUGAGAGCAUUACAUGGUGCUUCUGAUGGGUCUUAAAAUCUGAGUGUCAAGAUUGCAUAUUACUUAAAGUACCAAGACAAAUUAUAGGAUUUUAUUUAUAAUGUCUUAAUUGAAUUAUGGUCAGUUUCUUGCUAGUAUUCUUUUUCGUGUUCAGCAUUGAUACUGAAACAUGAAACAGCAUAUUUUCUCAAUUCUUUUGCAUUUCCUGAUAUCCUUGAAUAUGAAAUCUUUAUACCUUCUAGUGUUAUAAUAGCAGUAACAUAUUUCAUGCAUAAACAGCUAUAGAUAAAAAUGUAUAUAUAUAUAUGUGAUGUACCAGCUUUUGUCUGGAAUAAAUUGAUUGGUGAAGAAUCAUAGAUUUAGUCGUAGCUUAAAUUAUCAGACGAUAAGUUUAAAAAACAGGAUCCAUUUAUUAUUGGUCAGGAGAAAUAGCAGUUACAAAAAUCAAUAUCUCCGGAGUAAAUAAAAAAGAACUAAUAAUAACUUUUUGUAUGAAGUUUACUGCAUCGUUACAUUAAAGAAAAGACCUCGGUAUUCCUUUGCGAGUUUUUUUAUAGCCUCUGAAAAGGCGGAGCUUCCAAGAAAUGACGUUAGCCUCAUCAGCCAUUCCAGUUCGCUAAAUAUCUCCAGAACAUUCUAUAACUCUACGUGUAGAAAAGGCGUGAAAAACAACUUGACUACGGGGCUGUGGAUUUAAUUCCACGUACUUUCAAAUAAGAGACCGUCGCCAUUAAAAUGAAGAACAUACAGUUGGAAAUAUAGGUGUAGUUUUAACUAUGGAAUUUUAUUAUUACAUAUAUAUAUAUUAUACAUGUUUACAGCUAACUAUAGCUGUUUAUCUAUAGUUAUCUUUAUCUGUAUCUACAUGCAGAAAUCAUAAAGUUAAUUUUUCAUGGAGGAAACAUGAUCAAAUCAAGUAACUGAAACAGUUUUUGAUUAUUCUAAGAAAAGUCUCAUUAUUCUUUUGACAGGUCUGAGAUUCUGAUGAAUAUGUUUUUCUUACAGUUCAUUGAGAUUUCUAAAAAUUAUGUAUUUUAAUUUCUUGCCAAUGUUCAGACGGCUUCCAUUCUUAUGUGAUAUGUAUCUGACAGUAAGUAGAUGUUUUAAGGCUUUAUCAUGCUCUUCUUACCAACCCAUAUAAUUUUCUCUCUUAAAAUCAUAGAAUUACUGUCUUGGAAAAUUGAUUAUGUUACAUUAUGAGAAUGCUGUGCAAAAGGGGUCACAUGAUUAUUGAAAUUUUUUAUAAGUGUACUGAUUCAUUGCUUUGUCUACUUUGAUAAGUAGACCUUAUUCAGAGUCAUUAAAAUUAUCUCUCAGUAUUAAAGAUACACCUUUUUAAGUAAGAGUAAUUGGACAGUGUUAUAGAUCCACCGUCUGAAGUAAAAGUUAUUUGAAUGCACUGAUAUUUGAAUGUUUCUUUUUAACCUCUUGCUGACCAUGCGUCAUGCAUUAUCUAACUGUAAGCAAAAUUUGGUGCCAUUAAAUCAUCUGACAAUCUUUCAUUGAUCAACAGAAUUCAAGUUUUAAGAACUUUGGGCAAGUCUUUGUUUUUUUUUUGUUUUUGUUUUUUUUUUAAAUCUUUUUCUAUGCUUUGGUUUCCUUAUCCCCUCCCAUUUUGUUAAUUUUGCUUUUUGGGGGGGUGCAUCAGUCUGCAUGCUUCUUUAAAUGAGCUGAAGUAAGCAUUCAGUCUUGCUGCCGUACUCCAGAUAUUUUUUUGUAGUUUUUAUGUGUUGUUGUUCACCCAAAAAUUUAUGUGCAAGGUCUAUUAUUAACAGGUAGGAUGAUUUUAUUGCUUGUUUGAUAUCCCUUUCUUACCAAGCAAGAAUCUUUUCCUAUAUGAAGACAUUCAUUAUCCACUUGUUGUCAUUCCAUUACUCAUAAGAUCUUUAAUUUAAUGUCUGUGUGACCUGGUUUACCCUUUCUCAAAUUAAUUGCUAUUCACUGUGGAUCACAGUCUCAAAUUAAAGUUAUACAAUGCCUUAAAUGUGAUGUUUUUACUUGUUAGGGUGUUUCUUUUUUAUUUUUGAAUAUCUCUGAUGCUUGUAAUUUAUACUUCAUUUAUUUCAUGUGAUUUUUAAUAUACCUCAUCAACUAUUUUUAUAAACCUUUGAAUUAUUAUUUUAAUUAAUAAAAAAUGUUUCUAAUCACAUAUGCACAUUAGUGCAGAAUAAUGGCACUUACAACUAACAGUGAACAAUUUCCCAUAUUGCUUUUAUUUCCAGUAAAGUUUGACUUGCAUCGGUCUUGCCACAUGUGGAGGUUUGUACAUUUGCUAAUUACUGGAUUCUGUACCCUACUGGCCGGCUAAAAGUUAUGACAUUUUUUUUCGCCUAGUCAUUUACGUCUGUCUUUUGACCCAUAUUUUAAUCUUUAAAAUAAUUCUGUAGAAGAAUCUAAACAUUAUUACAUAACACAGAAUUAUUAAAAUAAAGUUCUAAUUAAAACCUCAGUUUUAUAUAUCAAACUAUUACUUUUACAAUGUUCAAUAAUCUGCUCUUUUUUAUCCUUCCUUUUGUAGGUGGGAAGGAUAGGAUGCCUUGAUAUAGUGAAAGAAUUAUAUAUAUAUAUUUUUUUAAUUAGAUGCUUGCUGUUGAAAUGAGAUGGUAAGAUCAUUCAAAUUUUUUGUAAUUGUAUAUUUGCUCGACCCAUUUCUAAUUUAUUAACUCUGAGAGUUACGGGUUUAGCCCUGAAAUUUCAAAGUUCCUCAAAAUAUCAUGAAUAAGUGAUAUUAUCUUUAUU